CGGCCGCCCAGCUCAGUCGCCUUCGCGCCAGUUCUGGUCCCCCGGGAAACCCCAGCUGGUCGGUCAGGUCUGCAACUCUGGCUUUUGCUCGGGCGGAGGCGCGGCCUCCCUAGGCUCCACCUACUGCCGCGGACUCCUCUCCACCCCGCGUGGCCCGGCCGGGUCUGCCCUGCACUGCCCCAGAGUGAGCAGAGGAGCGCAGAGGCCACAGAUGACACGAGCUAGGACACAUUGAACAUUUCUUAUGUGAAGUGGAAUCCUAAAACCAAAAUAUUAGAUUGAAAACAAACAUGGCUCCCCAUAUUACCUUUUUUUGGAUAGUUUUGAUUCUGCUUCUCCAGAACUCUGUGUUAGCUGAAGAUGGGGAAAUAAGAUCAAGUUGCCGUACAGCUCCGACAGACUUGGUUUUCAUCUUAGAUGGCUCCUACAGUGUUGGCCCAGAAAACUUUGAAAUAGUGAAAAAGUGGCUUGCCAAUAUCACAAGCAACUUUGAUAUAGGACCAAAGUUUAUUCAAGUCGGAGUGGUCCAGUACAGUGAUUACCCAGUGUUGGAGAUCCCUUUGGGAAGCUAUGACUCAGGACGGCACUUGAUGGAGGCAAUGCAGUCUGUGCUGUACUUGGGAGGGAACACAAGAACUGGGAAGGCCAUCCAGUUUGCACUUGAUUACCUUUUUGCCAAAUCUUCUCGAUUUCUAACUAAGAUCGCUGUGGUGCUUACUGAUGGUAAAUCCCAAGAUGAAGUUAAGGAUGCAGCAGAGGCAGCAAGAGACAAUGGAAUAACAUUAUUUGCCAUUGGUGUUGGUUCAGAAACAGAAGAUGCGGAACUUAGAGCAAUUGCUAAUAAGCCUUCUUCUACCUAUGUGUUUUACGUGGAAGACUAUAUCGCAAUAUCCAAAAUAAGGGAAGUUAUGAAGCAGAAACUCUGUGAAGAAUCUGUCUGUCCAACACGGAUUCCUGUGGCGGCUCGUGAUGAGAAAGGGUUUGAUAUACUACUAGGUUUAGGUGUAAAGAAAAAGGCUAAGAAAAGAAUCCAGCUUUCACCAACAAAGAUAAAAGGAUAUGAAAUAACAUCAAAAGUUGAUCUGUCAGAAGUGACAAGCAAUAUAUUCCCAGAGGGUCUUCCUCCAUCGUAUGUGUUUGUUUCCACCCAGAGAUUUAAGGUCAAGAAAGUGUGGGAUUUAUGGCGAAUAUUAACCAUCCAUGGAAAGCCACAAAUAGCAGUCACCUUAAAUGGUGUGGACAAAACCUUAUCAUUUACGACGACUAGCGUAAUUAAUGGCUCACAAGUGGCUGUGUUUGCUGGCCCUCAAGUUAAGACACUAUUUGAUGAAGAAUGGCAUCAGAUUCGUCUCUUAGUAACAGAGCAAGAUGUAACCCUGUUUAUUGAUGAUCAAGAAAUUGACAGCAAACCCUUACAUCUAACUUUAGGAAUCUUCGUCAGCGGGCAAACACAAAUUGGAAAAUAUUCUGGGAAAGAAGAGACUGUUCAGUUUGAUGUCCAAAAGUUGCGGAUAUACUGUGAUCCGGAACAGAACAACCGGGAGACAGCGUGUGAGAUCCCUGGAUUCAAUGGAGAGUGCCUUAAUGGUCCCAGUGAUGUAGGUUCAACCCCAGCUCCCUGCGUCUGCCCUCCAGGGAAACCAGGCCCACAAGGGCCUAAGGGUGAUCCUGGACUACCUGGGAACCCUGGCCACCCUGGACAAACUGGUCAAGAUGGUAAGCCUGGCUAUCAGGGAAUCUCAGGAUCACCAGGUGUUCCAGGAUCCCCAGGAAUACAAGGAGCACGUGGACUACCAGGUUACAAAGGAGAACCAGGGAGAGAUGGCCAAAAGGGUGACCGUGGACUUCCUGGUUUUCCUGGACUUCAUGGGAUGCCAGGAUCAAAGGGCAAAAUGGGCCCCAAAGGAGAUAAAGGUUCACCUGGGUUUUACGGCAAGAAGGGUGCAAAAGGUGAAAAGGGGAAUGCUGGUUUUCCUGGCCUUCCUGGACAUCCUGGAGAACCAGGAAGACAUGGAAAAGAUGGAUUAAUGGGUAGUCCUGGCUUCAAGGGAGAAGCAGGAUCCCCAGGCAUGCCCGGGCAGGAUGGACCUCAGGGAGAGCCUGGAAUUCCAGGAUUUCCUGGAAACCAAGGUUUAAUGGGACAAAAGGGAGAAAUUGGGCCUCCAGGACCUGUAGGAAAAAAAGGAGCCCCAGGAAUGCCAGGUUUGAUGGGAAGCCACGGCACACCAGGCCAGCCAGGCCCUCCUGGAGCUAAGGGCAGCAAAGGUGAACCUGGACUUCAGGGGCUCCCUGGGGCUUCUGGACUCAAGGGAGAUCCAGGAGCCAGGGGUCUUCCAGGAGAAGCGGGGUACGCUGGCCUCCCCGGGACUCACGGGAAGAAGGGGGACAAAGGAAAUCAAGGGGAAAAAGGUAUUCAGGGUCAAAAAGGAGAAACUGGAAGACAAGGAAUUCCAGGGCAGCAGGGAAUUCAAGGCCAUCAAGGUGCAAAAGGAGAGAAAGGUGAAAAAGGAGAACCUGGUAUUAGCGGUGCCCCUGGACCAAAAGGAGAAUCUGGGAUGGAUGGAAUCACAGGGCCUGCUGGUCCCCAGGGACUGCCUGGGGCAGCAGGUCCCCAGGGACCUCCAGGUCUGGAUGGGAAGCCCGGCAGAGAAUUUUCUGAACAAUUUAUUCGGCAAGUUUGUACUGAUGUACUAAGAACCCAGCUACCAGUCUUCCUUCAGAGUGAGAGAACUCAAAGUUGUGCUCACUGCCAGCUGCAACGUGGCCCCCCUGGUGUUCCUGGACCACCUGGUCCCAUGGGCCCAGAAGGUCCCCGAGGACUUCCGGGUUUCCCAGGAAGUGAUGGUGUUCCUGGAUUAAUGGGUACUCCUGGACGUCCAGGUGCUAGAGGAUUAAAAGGUCUUCCAGGAAAAAAUGGUGCAAAGGGGAACCAAGGGUUUGGGUAUCCUGGAGAACAAGGUCCUCCUGGUCCCCCAGGUCCAGAGGGUCCACCUGGAACAAGUAAAGAAGGUCCUCCGGGAGACCCCGGUGUCCCUGGAAAAGAUGGGGAUCAUGGGAAGCCUGGGCUCCAGGGGCAGCCAGGCCCUCCUGGCAUCUGUGAUCCAGCUCUGUGUUUGAGUGUCAUUGUCGGAAGGGAUCCAUUCAGAAAAGGACCAAACUAUUAGUAUCUGUUGCCUUCUUCAGUGACCUAGGCAUGGUGCUUUGUGGUCUUUUGCAUCUCAGGAAGAUAAACAACAUUUCCAUUGGGGAAAAAAAAAAAAACUGAAGUACCUCGGUGUUUUUACUUUUUUCAUAGGGGAAAUAUAUAAAAGAUCACCUAUAUUGAUUUGAAAGGCUCCUCAAUAAUUUGAAACCUUGAGAUUACAGCAUUAAAUCUCAAAGGUUUACAUCCAUCAUUUAAUCCACUUUGAAUAUAAAAUUUCAUCUCUGCCUGAUAACUAGUUUUAGUCCCUGUGAAAUAAUUCACAUCCAAUCUCCAUGCAGUAGAGAUCUGAGUUCUAGUUCAUAUCUAUGUGAUUUUAUUUCUUUUUUUUUUUUUUUUGGUGCCAGGGAUUGAACUCACGACCUUGUGUUUGCCAGGCAAGUGCCUGUGCCCCUGAGUUAUAUCCUUGGUCCAUUGUGUGUAUUUUAUGUUUUCUGUCUUCAUAGCUUGUGUGAUCAAUGUUUGCUGUAAACUAUCUGGUCAGUGGAAUAAAGACCAAUACUGACAUUCAGCUAGGAUAAGUGGGAAUAUAGUUGUAUAGAUCUGUGGGUACCCAGCCACAGAUUCAGCCAACUGCUGAUCAAAUUUUUAUUUCAAAAAUUGUGUUCAUCUUAAACCUGUACAGACUUUUUCCUGAUUAUUGUUCCCUAAAUAAUACAGUGUAACUAUUUACAUACCAUUUACAUUGUCUUAGGUAGUGAAAGUACUCUAGAGAUGAUGAUUUAAAGUACAUGGGAAGAUGUGCAGAGGUUAGACCAAGUUCUACACCAUUUUAGAUGAGGGAGUUAAAUAGACAUCUGCAGAUCUGCUUUUCUCAAGGCAGGAAGGGGUCCUGGAACCAAGGGAUGAGGGAAUUAGUGGACUGCUUGCUGUUCAUUGUCUUCAGUAUCACUUCUGAAUAAGAGUACUGUGUUUUUUAAUUUCAUUUGAAACUCUAAAAUGAUGAUUAUUGGAUGGAAGAUUAUUCAUUACACAGAAGAUGAUGACAACUAUCUAACAUAAAAAUGUUUUAGAAAAAAAUCUUUUAGUGUACAAUGUAUUUAAAAAAUGUAUGUUCAAAAAAUGUAUGUUCAGAAGUACUAAAGACUUCACACUUGCUAAAUGAUUGGAAUGUUUGCCAUAUGCCUUCCUUUCCAUUUCACUUGUUAUGUUUGUAUGGUUGUACUUGUUAUAUUUUUCAUUGUAGCAAAGCUAAUGGCAGUAAAUGCCGUGGUUGAAAGAAAUGGUUACUUAACAAAUCCUAGUAUGUUUUGUAUCACUAGCAGACUAAAAUAUUGUGAAAAGAUUUGUGUACUGUACUAAAAACUUUUGUAGGGAAAAUAAUUUGAGAUAUUUUUUCUGUGUCAUAAGCUUUUGCUACAAUAUUUGUCAUUCAGAGAGCAAUAAAGUUUUGUAUGAACUUGA